CUCCAAGCCCGACGGACAAUAUGGAUCCGGCUUUUGGUACCGUAUUGACAACGAAACCGGCGUCGAGUCCACCACCGUCGCCAUCCCCAGAAACACAUACCGCGCCGUCCUUGAAAUCUUUGUGUCAUAUCAUGGCGAGGAUGAAUCAUGGUACACUAAUCCAUUGAGAAAUAACUAUCUUCACCAGCCAACUGCAGCCAAGGUUUCGGCACCGCGAGCCAACGGCGCGUUUCGGCAGGUCUACGCCACAAUCGACGGGAAGUACGUAGGCGGGCACGUUCCCUUUCCGGUCAUCUACUCGAGCGCCAUCAACCCCGUCUUCUGGUCCCCGGUGGCGGCAAUCGGCGCGUUCGACAUGCCGUCCUACGACCUCGACCUGACGCCGUUCCUGGCGCUGAUGCUCGACGGGCGGCCCCACGAGAUCGGGCUGGGUGUGUGCAGCGCCCUGCCACACUGGCUCGUGAACGCCAACCUCCACCUCUGGGUCGACUAUUGGUCGGACGCGGUGCAGGCCGGUCCUGUGGAGUAUUUUGUCCCGGCCAUCCAGAUGAACCGCAACGCCGAGUGGCGCAACCCCGACGGCCAGUCCGAGAUCGGGGCCGAGGGGCUCGAACGGUUCGCCGGGUGGGUGAGCUCGUCGAGGGGUAACCUCACCACCGAGGUGCGGCAUAAGAUCAAGCUGAAGAGCCAGGUGCAGGUGCAGAACCGCGGGGCGGUGACCCAGAUCGAUUUCAUCCUCAAGGAGAGGACGAUGGUGACUGUUAUGAGGGGAAACCAGUGGCUCGCCCGGGCGCAGACGGUGAUGGAUGCUCCCUUGCAGGUGCAGACCGCGAUCGUGAACGCGGCGGGCGUGCCGGUGCUGCAGAAGACGCGGCUCUUCCACCAGCUGAUGGAGGCGGUGAGCCUGAGCGAAGGGCAGGCCGGGGCGACGACGACGAGAGAGCUGACCGACCGGCAGGAUGCGGAGGGAUCGGCUUUGGUGGGCGGCGGAUGGGGGAGCGGAAGGAGCCGGUCGUCAUACCAGUACAGGGACGGGAGCAAGUGCUACGCUCGGAACGUGGCCACGGCUGGCGGGGCGGUCAUCCAGGACAGGAAGGCCUCCUGCUUUGCCGUGGCUGAUGAUGCCUGA